CGGAGCGGAGCUGCGGGCUCGGUGCGGUGCGGGCGGCGGACUCGGCACGUGGCUCCCGCAGCCGCGGGCGGCAGCACCAGCACCGGCUCCGGUCCUGCCUGCACCAGCGGCUCCGCCAGCGGCUCCGGUCCUGGUUGCAGCGGGAGCUCCGCUCCCGGCUCCGCUCUCGGCUCCAGCCCCGACUCCGCUCCCGGCUCGGGUCCCAGCUCCGCUCCCGGCACCGGCACCGGCACCGGCACCGGCACCGGCACCGGCACCGGCACCGGCUCUGCGCUCGUCCCCUCCGCCAGCUCCAGUCCCGGCUCCGCCCGCAGCUCCGCUCCCGGCUCCGGUCCCGACAUCAAUUCCAGCCCCGCUGCUCCGUGCCCGGCCCCAUCGCUCCCGGCCCCGGUGCUGUCCCCAUCCGUUUGUCCCUAUUCCUUCUCUCAUCCCUGUCCCAUCCCCAUCCCUACCCACAACCCCCAUCCUGGUCCCUUCGAUCCCAGCCCUAUUCCUGUCCCCAUCCCUGUCCUUGCCGUUAGCUCCAGUGCCAGCCCGACUGCCGUCCUCAUCCCCAUUCCCGUCCCCCUCCCUAUUCCCGGCCCCAUCUCUACCCCUCCUGGUGUCCCCAGCUCCGACCUCGUCCCCAUCCCCGCUGCCAGCUCCAUCCCCACCGCUCUCCCCAUCCCUGUCCCCACCACCACUUCCAUCCCCAUUCCCGUCCCUAUCCCUUCUGCUGUCACCAUCCUCACCACUAUUUCCAACCCCAUCCUCACCUCCGUCACCAUCCCCAUCCCCGACCUCAUCCCCGCUGCCGUCCCCAUCCUCAUCCCCAUUCCCACCUCCCUCCCUUCCACCAGCUCCAUCCCCACCGCCGUCCUCAUCCCGCCCCAUCCCCGCUCCCAUCCCGUUCCCUGCCGUGCCUUGAGGCUCAGCGGGCGGCCCCCUGCCGUCCACCCCCCCGGCUCCACCAUCGCUCCCAAGGGUGACGAGGACCUUCUGGCACUGGCUGCCUCUCGGCUGAGCCGUAGGAAACGCGUGGCCGGGGCGGCCGUCGGCGUGGCCAUGGUUCUGGUGCUGCUGGUGGCCAUCCCGCUGCUGGUUCACAGCUCCAAGGCGGCCGCGCACUACGAGAUGCUGGGCAGCUGCCGCAUGGUUUGCGACCCCUACCCCGAGCUGCCUCCCGCCUCCCCCCCUCCCUUCCUACCGGGGGCAAAGGGAGAACCGGGCCGCAAAGGACGCACCGGCGUUCGGGGCCCCCCCGGACCACCGGGACCACGGGGACCGCCGGGUGAACCGGGUCGGCCGGGACCACCGGGACCUCCAGGGCCGGGUCCUGGGGGGUACAUCCCCUCCUUCUACAGCCCCAAGAUCGCCUUCUAUGCGGGGCUGAAGAAACCCCACGAGGGCUACGAGGUGCUCAAGUUCGACGACGUGGUGACCAACCUGGGCAACUACUACGAGCCAUCGAGUGGCAAGUUCACCUGCCCGCUCCCCGGCAUCUACUUCUUCACCUACCACGUCCUCAUGCGAGGCGGAGACGGCACCAGCAUGUGGGCUGACCUCAUGAAGAACGGGCAGGUUCGGGCCAGCGCCAUCGCGCAGGACGCGGAUCAGAACUACGACUACGCCAGCAACAGCGUCAUCCUGCACCUGGACGCGGGUGACGAGGUGUGCGUCAAGCUGGAUGGGGGCAAAGUGCACGGAGGGAACACCAACAAGUACAGCACCUUCUCGGGCUUCAUCAUCUACCCGGACUGAGCACUGAGGCUGGGGGGGUUGGGGGGGGGCACCUCCUGAGGCACCAUCCCCCCCCUUUCCCCCUCUCCCCACCUUCCAAAGCCCUGAGUUGAUGAUGCCCAUAGGGAAAGCUGUUCUGCACCGACACCUUGCAGCCCCCCUCCCAUGCACCCCAUCACACAUGCACGUGCAUGCUCACCACCACGUGUGUGCACCCACUGCACCCCCCCUACACCCACUCACAAGUAUAAAUCCC